GGCGCGAUGCGGCGUCUGAGGGAUGGGGGUUCGGGGGCGGCCAUGGCCCCCCGGUCGCCGUGCGGACUCCCGAGGCUGCUGCUGCUGCUGCUGCUGCUGAGCGGGGCGCUGCUGGGCGCCCAGGCCCGCGCCGAGCCCGCCGCCGGGAGCGCCGUCCCCGCGCAGAGCCGCCCGUGCGUGGACUGUCACGCGUUCGAGUUCAUGCAGCGCGCCCUGCAGGACCUGCGGAAGACGGCCUACAGCCUGGACUCUCGGACGGAAACCCUCCUGCUGCAGGCGGAGCGCAGGGCCCUCUGUGCCUGCUGGCCCACCGGGCGCUGAGGACCCUCGCAAGUACUGUCCCUCAUUAAUAAACACCCAGCCCAGC